GGAUUACAGCAUUCGUUCGCAAAGGGUCGUCCAGUUUGCUUACUUAGAGGAACUAAUUUUUUUUUAAGUUUCCAGGAAACAUGAAGCUCUUCGCAAUUAUCUUGCUAUCCAUGGUGGGAUCUGCGGUUGGGGGAGUCGUUAGUUACGAGAGAUGCGGCGGUGUAGGAACGCUUACGCAACUUAGAGUAGAAAAUUGCAAUGGAACAACUUGCCGUCUGAAUCCGGGCACUCCAUACCUAGCUGAAGGAGACCUGAUCCCGAGCACCGCCUCAAGCCAACUGCACCUCAGGGUCACAACUACUUAUUUCACUGGAGAACUAGUUAUCAUCGAUACUGACCUGGACAACCCAUCCGUACAGCCAGGACUAACUUACGUAAUCAAGUUCACCAUUGUUCCAAAUGAUGUAUUGGCCGGAAGUACGCUUCCCAUUAGGGCGGCGAUUUCAGAUGUGACUUCUGGACGUGUGGAGAUUUGUGCACAUUUCCAAGUCUUUAUAAAUUUUCUCUAAUAAAUAUGUACCUACGUACCACAAAUAAUAAUCCUUUUUUCUACGACUA